UGGUAUCACCCAACGUUGGGUCAACGUAGGGUCAACCUUUCCAAACAGAAAAGCCUUGGACAAGGAGGCUGCUUUGGCCGUUUUUACAAGGAGUAUACUUUUUAUAUGCACGAGAAGGACACUUAUGGUUCUUGAUAUCAUAUUGUAGAAGAAGUGAGAUGGAAAUGAACCAGGAAACUGCUCUGCAGCUGUUUGAGGAUGGAGCUUUCUUCAUACUCCUGGAUGUACCUGUUGGUACAGAGUUUGGCAUAGACUACAACUCAUGGCAGGUUGGUGAAAAGUUCAAAGGAGUGAAGAUGAUUCCAGAAGGGGUUCAUUUUGUCUCCUACAACUCUGUCAACAAGAAACACAAGGAGGCAGCUCCCAAACUGGGCUUCUUCCACUUCUUCCACAGUAAAGAAGUCCUUGUGAGGAGGUGGGACAAACAGCUAGAAACUAUCAGCGAAGAUGUAAUAGAAGGAGAAGAACUCGCUAACUUUGAAUCCAGCUUGAAGGAGCUUGACAGAUUCCUCGGGCCGUACCCUUACGACAACUACAAGAAGUGGAAGUCCCUGACCAAUCACAUCACGGAGAGUCUCAUGAACAGGCUUGAGCCCGCGUCCGGAAGGAUAUCCUCCGCAACCGAACUUGUGAGAGACGGCGAGGAGAAAGUCAGCUACACGGUCGGCGAAUUGCCCACAUCGAUGAAAGAGGCGGAAGGAAGACUGCCCAAAAUGGUCGCGGUCGCGGGAACAGAGAUCAGGUUCGUGACGCUGCCCACGAGAGCAUACCCGGAGGGCGCGACUCCCGCUGACAUCACCAAGUACAGUAUGGACAAGAGCUUCAUGCUGGAGGAACUUCUCAGUACACACUAUGCAGGGAACCACAUGGAUCUGUUGGGGGAGUUACAGUUUGCCUUUGUUUGCUUCAUGGUAGGCCAGGUGUUUGAUGCGUUUGAGCACUGGAAGAAGCUGGUCCAUCUGCUGUGCCUGUGUGACGAGGCUCUGGGCAGACACGAGGGCCUGUACAGCGCCUUCAUCAGCACCAUGCACUUCCAACUCAGGGAGAUUCCUGAGGACUUCUUUGUGGACAUCGUGUCCAGCCACAACUUUCUCACAACUACUCUACAGGUCUUCUUCUACAACUUGGCCAAUUGUGAAACCGCGAGUCGUCAGCUGAAGAAGCGAGGGUGCCAGUUCAAGGAUCACCUGACCAAGACCUUCCGCUGGGACUUUGACGCCGAGCAAGAUGACGAUGCCCCUGUGGUUGUGCAUCUGGGAGAAACUUGACCUUGUUCGGAUGCCCAAGGUCACUGGAAAUAUCCUGAACUUUCACUUCAUGAUGAAACAUUCCAACUAUUCACUUUUAUUUUGACUAGCUUGAGCCAUUUGUUAGUUUUAAUGAUGGAAAAAUAUGACAAAAUAACCUUGUAAAUAAGCUAGAUUAAUGGAAUCUGCAAAACAUACAGGCUACAACUUAAUGGGGGUAGUGUGAAUAAAGAGCUAAAUUGA